CAUGGGACCUAAACUCAUGUGAAGACCUUAACUACGUGCCGGUGAGACAGUCAUAAAAAAAUAUACUUCUCUUUACUUGUUGGUAAGUAACAAGUACUAUAAAUAUACCCUUUAGUCAGUUGAGACAAACACCAUUCAGAAGUUAAAAACAUUUUUCUUUUAUGUACAGAAUGGGGCUUCAGUCCCUUUGUGGCAGAGUCCUUAUGGGACUGUCCCUGUCUUUACUACUCCUCUGUAGUUUCUGCAUUGCUGAUGACAAGACAAUAAAGGUGGUUGGCUUUGGAGAAUGUGCUGAUUGUAAAGAGAAUAACAUAAACACCAUUCAUGCUCUCUCAGGACUUCAUGUAAGCAUUGACUGCAAGCUUGAGAAUGGAGAGAUCAAAACAAGGGGUGAAGGAGAGCUUGACAAAGAUGGCAAGUUUGAAGUAUCACUUCCUAAGGAGAUGAUGAAAGAUGGCAAGCUGAAAGAGGAAUGCUAUGCUCAAUUACACAGUGCAUCAGCUGCACCAUGUCCAGCACACAACGGCAUCGAAUCCUCCAAGAUUGUGGCCAUCCAAACUGAUGGAAAACACACAUUGAAACCAGCUGGAAACCUUAAGUUCUCAACACCCUUGUGCACUUCUGCUUUCUUGUGGCCUCACUUCAAGUACCCACCAUUGCCACCUUUCCCAAAAGAUCACCCUUGGAUGAAGAAGUUCCCACCAUGGCCACCAUUGAACCACUGGGGCCACCCUUUCCCUAUUCCACCUCUUCCUCCCCUUUUCAAAAAGCCAUGUCCUCCACCAGUAGUAAAGCCACUUCCUCCUCCGGUUCCCGUUUACAACCCAACACCAGAGCCACCAGUAGUAAAACCGCUUCCUCCUCCCGUUCCUGUUUACAAACCAAAACCAAUUCCUCCUCCCGUUCCAGUUUACAAACCAAAACCAAUUCCUCCUCCCGUUCCUGUUUACAAACCAAAACCAAUUCCUCCUCCCGUUCCCGUCUACAAGCCGAAACCAAAGCCUCCUCCAGUUCCCGUCUACAAGCCGAAACCAGAACCUCCAGUUCCAAAACCAAAGCCUCCUCCAGUUAAAAAGCCAUGCCCCCCUAAAGUUCCAACUUACAAACCCAAGCCCAAACCAGAACCACCAGUAGUAAAGCCACUUCCUCCUCCAGUUCCAGUUUACGUAAAACCCCUGCCACCACCUGUUCCAAUUUACAAAAAGCCAUGCCCACCACUUAUCCCUAAAAUUCCUCCAUUCCACCAUAUACCUCUGCCACCACCUGUUCCAAUUUACAAGCCACCAAUAGUGAAGCCUCCAGUUCCAGUUUACGUAAAACCUCUGCCACCACCUGUUCCAAUUUACAAGCCACCAAUAGUGAAGCCACUUCCUCCUCCAGUCCCAGUUUACGUAAAACCUCUGCCACCACCCGUUCCAAUUUACAAAAAGCCAUGCCCACCACUUAAACCAUUCCCUAAACUUCCUCCAUUCCACCAUCCACUCUUCCCACCACUUCCUCCUAAGGUUCCUCACCCAUAGACCAAAACAUUAAAUUGAAGAGUUCCUUUGGGUGCAUGUAGCCUUGAAAAUUAUUUGCAAUUUAUGAAAUAAUAAUCGACCACAGAAAUAUUCAAGAGAUAUGAUCCUUGAGAAUAUCAAAAGGAAAUGACCAGAGAAAAUAGAAAAGAUAGUUAAUUUCAUUCUGUUGGUUUAUUUAGUUGAGUUUUCAUGCAAAUGUUUGUAUAUCUUCAAGUGAAUCAUGAUCCGGUGAAUAAUCGUUGUAUGCUAGACUAUGUAUACGUUCAAGAACGUAUCUUUUUAAUAUUCUUGUUAUGUUAUUGUUUUUUUUCUCAUUCA